AGAAAUACAAACGCAAGCCUAAAGUCACUUACCUGUUUUCAUCAAAAGCAUUUUUAUGAUCCGAGUCACUGAGCUGUGGAAUGAAAUAGAUAUGUAACUAACUGAACAAGAAAUGACUAGCAAACAUAUCAGGUUAUGCAUGAACAUGCCUGCAUGCACGCACACAGAAACAAACAUAUAAACUCCAACACAGAGUGGGAAAAUGCUGCCUUCUCAUUAACUUACAGCGCGUAGCAGAAGCUCACAGAAACCUCCCACACAGCCUGCAUCAAGUGGUGACCAAGUGGCCAUUGCCAAAUUUCCACCAUUAUCCACAUAAGCAGUUAGCUCUGUGAAGGAGGAUUAUGACUUUCUCUGCAUGCCAUCUUUCCAGUGCCUAGCCUACCAAACAACUGUUUGUCAAACUGUGCAAGUUUGAGUUAAAUAUAUGGCAUGUGUGUUUACUCUCUUCUCAUGGUGCUCUCCACAUUAAAAUCUCAUAUGUUGCUCAACUGAUUUCACACUGGAAAAGCUAUUUCCAGGGAAGAAGGAGGUAAGGAGAUAGUGCACCAGAAGGAGAGAUUUAAACUUCCUGUCCUUGCAUAUGCCAGAUUUUUUUAGACAACAAGUCGCAUCAUCCUACGCCACUGACUAUGCUGGCUAUGGCUGAGAAAAGCUAAGCUCCAAUUCCCCACUCUUACUCAGAAAAGAAUUGCUUCCAAUGACUCUACAAAUGCCAAUGGAGCAAUGGAAAAGGAGUGAUUUGGACACUCUAGAUAGCCAGAAUAUUGCAGAGCUAAUUCCUCUCACUUUUGCAACUUGCCAAAUGACUGGCUAGUGUCUUACCUGAUAACCUUGCACUACCCUUGUAUCUCUCCCGCCCCCCAAUCUUUAUGUGAAACUUGGCAAAAACAUCUGUAGGAUAUUCAGAUAUUCACAAACCUGUGACAGCUGCAUGUUACCAGGAGCUGGAGCGGCAGAGCUAGGAAAACUAUUGCUGUUAGAUGACGUGAGGACACCAGCAGCGAGCUGUUCAGCAUUAUUGACAGCAACUUCACCAUCACAGUAUGCCUGUCACAAAACACACCACAAGGAUUACAAGCACCAUGCAGACUACAAAUCCCAAGAUGCAACAUGAAAAGGAAGGGGCUGGGAGCUGCUGCAAGGAGGGAAAUUUGCAAGGAGCCAAGCUGGACCAAGCCUCUCCUUUGGGCCAAAGAUGGGAGCAAAGCCCAGGAGGAAAGGGGGGACCCUCGCCUAGACCCUUCCUUAAGAGGACUCCGGCUGGAACCCAAAGAAAUUGCAAUGCAAGUUUCAAGUCUCCAGUUCCGUCUCCAAGGGCCUGCCAGCCUAUGGAUAAAGAGACUCUGCAGCGGGAGAUUGAAGAGCUGAAGAACAAAAGUACUUAUUUAGACCAAGAAAUAGCACAUCUAUCAGCUGAAGGAUACAGCGUAGAGGAAUUAGAAAGCCACAUCGCUCUACUCCAUGAAUACAAUGAGAUAAAAGAUACCGGACAAAUGCUUUUAGGCAGACUGGUGAUCAGAGGGGUCACCACAAAGGACCUGUACCCUGCAUUUGACCUGGAUCUUAAUGACUAGAAAGAAUACAAAAACAAUGGCAUCUGUUGAACAAAAUGGUGAAAAGUACUGCAAGUUCAGAUUUUCCAAGAAAUACGAUGGAUCAAUGGUAUAAUUCUCCCUUCCUUAAUUUUAAAAGGUGGAGAAGUUGUUGACCUUGCUAUCUACCAAGCAUUGGAGUGGACAAUGUGUUUUCCAAAUUACCAGCUUUAUUGAACUCUGGACACCUUGUUUUGUGUGUUAUUGAUGUUUUUAUUGUAUUGUUUAUCUUGUAAAUCAUCUUGUGAUCUUGACUUUAAUAAAUUAAUGCAUCCCUCUGGUG